CCUAAGGCUCCAUGAAGAGAGUCCCGUUCUCCUCACCUCCGUCCAAGACUACCCAUUUUGAAAGUUGCUAAGUCUCUGCGGAGGGACCUUGCUCAGCCCGCGCGGGCCCCCAAGGCCUCCUGCGUUUACCCCCAACCCAGUGAGCCGGAGAAGGCACGGUCUCUUUAAGGGGGAGGAGGGGACUGCUGGGAACCACCCCUCGGCCCGGUUCCCGGGAGGGAAAAGGAGAGAAAGGGCCCAGAGUGACGGGGCGGAGCGGAGCUGGGCAGGAGGUGGGCCCCUAACUCUCCGGCUCGCCCUGACCCUGCGGGCGCACACCAUGGUCUGGCUGCUGGCGGUGGUCGCGGGCCGGGGGGCCGCCGGGCUUCGACUCCGCCUGGGGCGCCUGCUGGUCAGCCCUCUCGGGGCCGCCGCCCCCCCGGCCCCGCGCUUCCCGCUCCCGCUCGGGCCUAGCCCGGGGCACGCUCAGAGAAGCCUUCUCGGAACCGGGGGCGGCCGGAGCAGCAUUGGCGGCGGCAGCGGCAGCCCCCCCGGCCCCCAGGAUCCAAAGAAAACAGAGAAAGCACUCCCAGAUGCCAGCACGGGGGAUGAGAGCAAACAAAGCAAGCACCAACAGCUGAGAAAGGUUUUUAAAGAAUAUGGAGCCGUGGCUGUUUGCUUGCAUAUUGGGAUAUCAUUAAUAUCUUUAGGAAUAUUCUACUUGGUUGUUUCAAGUGGUGUGGACAUAACUUCCUUUCUCUACAAACUCGGCUUUGCAGAAUCGCUUUACAAUUCUAAAGUUGUCGCUGGCACUAGUACAUUUGUGAUGGCUUACGCUGUUCACAAACUGUUUGCUCCAGUAAGGAUUAGCAUCACUUUAUUUUCUCUGCCACUAGUUGUCAGGUACUUUCGGAAGAUGGGUUUUUUUAAGGCUCCAGGGAGCAAGCCUUGAUUCAUAAACACAACAUACAAACUUGUGUCUUAACUCUUAAGCAUUUUGUUUGCGUGUGUGUGUGUGUGUGUGUGUGUGUGUGUGUAUCAUUACCAUCCCUAGUUUUAAACAGCUGUACUUGAAAAACGAAUCUCCACUUGACACUGGAUAAUAAGAAUUUGAUAUAAAAGAAAUACACCCACUCAAAGACUGCCUGACUGAGAUUCAAUGACUUUGCUAAAUCAGGAACCCAGGUUAUGACCCAGAACAAGUCACCUCUCUGGCUUCUGGACUAGAUGAUUUCUGAGUUUCUUUCUGAUUCUGAUAUUCUGUGAUUGAGUGAAUAUUUAUACCUCCUAUAAUGUCAGCAAAACUUUAAAAAAAAAAAAAAAAAAACCUAAUCCUCAAAUAGAACCACCAGA